AUGAAGAAUCUAACUGCUGAUGAGCGGUACCAACUGGCAGGAGACUACUUUGCUCCUAAGGGGCUCUAUGAGUACACCAAAAGCCUACCCUUCACUGGUCGAGUAAAAAGUAAUGUUAAUACACUUGUGGCCGGGGAAUGGACGGAGAUCUUGCUAGACUAUGAGGUUGGCGCAUCGGGCCUAGCAGAUGGCGCUUGGAUAAAGGCCACCUUCAAAUUCUACUCGGAUUGGGUACUGUUCCAGACAUCAGAUCCCACAAAAGACAACUAUAUCAGCGCCGAGUAUAUCCCAAACAGCCUUUUCCCAGAACAGACACCCGCGACAGUUCAAUCCCUGGCCAUUCGAUUUGAUCAAAAGGGACACGAGCGACCUUUCCAAAAAGCUGUGAUUGUGGAUAUUCAAGAUGGCUAUAUGAACCCAGGCGAUCGGAUUCUGAUUCGACUAGGUGAUCGUCGCUUCGGCGGCCGAGGAACGCGGGCUCAGACAUUCAUCGAGAAAGACUUCCGCUGGAGGUUUUACAUUGAUCCUGUUGGGACUAGUCGCUUUGCUCCGAUUCAGCCUGACCUCUCUUGGAACAUCGUCGCUGGUCCCAUUCAUCACCUCCAAACUGUUUCUCCUCGCGUACUUCAGCCCUCUGUUCCAUUUUCCAUUCAUUCUCAUACCGAGGAUAUCUGGGGAAAUGUGACUAGUGAUCUCGAGAAUCUUUCCUUCCAGCUGAAGGUGCUAGACGAAGACCGGAAGGCCAUGAUCGUCAAAGAAAUUGACGGCGACUACACCAUUGAGGUUAUCGUUAAAUCGAACGAGAAAACCAUUGUAUCCCAAACCACCCAACUCACCAUUUCAUCUGGUCUCUCAGUUCCCAAGGCCCUCUUCGGCGACUUGCACGUGCACUCCGACGACACAGUGGGAACCGAGUCAUCAAUCUACAACUUUUCCUAUGGCCGAGAAAUCGCAGCCCUGGAUGUUCUAGGAUACACCGCCAACGACUUCCAAAUUACCAAGGAACGCUGGGAUGCCACAACAGACUUAAUCACAUCGCUCAAUAAGCCGGGCGAGUUUGUCAUUUUCCCAGGGACCGAAUGGUGCGGAAACUCUGCAGCAGGAGGAGACCACAAUGUUGUCUUCCUGGCCGAUCCCGCUACACACCCGCCCGAAUUCCCCUUCGAUCGCCAUGGGAAUGUUGCCCGUUCGUUUGAAUGGUCCGAGCAUGGUCCCAAGGACCUCGUCCCCGGAGUUUGGCCAUUGGAUGAGGUAUACUGCACGUAUGCGCGCAAGGCAGAUGACCAUAUCCUCAUUCCCCAUGUCGGUGGACGCCGGUGCAAUCUGGCAUGGCAUCAUCCUAAGCUCGGACGCCUUAUCGAGAUUGGGAGUACAUGGGGCCAGUUUGAGUGGCUCCUCCAGGACGCAGUACGCAGAGGAUGGAAGCUUGGAGUCUCUGCUAAUUCUGAUGAGCACCGCGGUCGAUGUGGUGGCGGUGUUCCUGGCACAGCAGUGUUCGGCACCCGAGGCGGUCUCACUGGCAUCAUUGCCCCCAAGCUCGAGCGGCGGGAUAUCGCUCAUGCGUUGAGAGCACGCCACACCUUCGCAACCACCGGUCAGCGACUAGUAGGACUGGUCCAGACGGCGGACCAGUCUGCUAUCCAGGGUGACGAAAUCAAGAUUGCCAAACAAGAGACACUAGAGCUGAAAUACCAGUUCUUUGGUGAGAAGGGAUUCUCGUCAAUAGAGGCUUUUAAUGAAUCUGGCCUGAUCUGGCGAAGACAUUUUUGGUCCGAGUCUGACGCACCCGCCACCAUUCUGCGGGUGACAUGGGGCGGAGCGAGAUUAUACGACCGCUAUCGUGAAGCUGUUUGGAACGGAACCAUUACAGUCUCAGAUACCAGCAUUGAGGAUGUUUUGCCAUUUGGAGGCUUCGAGGACAACGCAGAAGACUUUGCACGCCAGGCGGGAGAAAGCACCGUUGAAUUUUCAAGCAAAACCAGCGGGGACCUUGAUGGUGUUCAUGUUGUUUUUCAGGGCACCAAGCCCCCGCAAAAAAUCCGUAUCGCAGGCUCCCUCGGUGGAUAUGUCAAAGUUGGAGACCCCUUGGCUGGAAACCCCCACAAAGCCCAGCCUACAUUCGAGCUAGAGGCCUCUUGGGAGGAGGCCAAGCGCCUAGAUGGAAAGGUCAUCGAAAUCCUGGGUGGUGCGGAGCUGUUUGUGCGUAUUGAAGCAAUCCCGCAAGUGGAGCUGCCACGGCGGGUUCAGGGACAAGCAUCAUUCUUCCAGACAGGAUCACGCUCGAUAUACUUUGUUGGCCGAGAGUGGAGUGGAGAAAAGGUGGUGACCAGCCCUAUUUUUAUAGACUAUGUAUGA